CGGGUUUUUUUGAUUCACAUAAUACAAGUAAAAUAGUUAAAGUUAUUUUAACAAAAUUUUGGUAACAUAACUGUGAAUUUUAUGAACCAUUACAACUCUACUAACGUUGGUUUAGUUUUUAUGUGGACAUAGUAAAUAUUAAGCACUACCUGCCAGCACAUCUCUCACUCUCACUAAAUCUCACUAAGAAUGUCACAGCUAUCUGAAAUUAUGUCCACUCAGAGAAGUCUUGAGGAAUCUUUCAUCAAGAAGAUGCAUGAUCUUGAACAACAAAUUCAAGGUGCAGGUCCUGGUAAGGAAACGGUUGCCAAGGUGGCCGAGGAGUUCCGGACUUUUAGAGAGCUCAUGUUUAAUAUGCUUGGAUUACUUAGAAAGCAAAUAAAUGAGUGCUGCAUGCAAAUUGAGGCCAUUGAGACCAGGCAUCGACGCAAGGCCUUGAUUCUUCUUGGAGUUGCUGAAUCCGAAAAGGAGGAUUGCAAAGAACAGGUGUGUGGCAUUCUCAAUUCGAAGUUAGGCCUCAAGGACAUUUCAAGGAAUUCUCUCACAGUGUGUCACAGAUUGGGAUCUUCUUCUAGCAGCAACACUGAUGAUAACCAUCGUCCCAUUCUAAUUCGGUUUGCACAAGUUGAAGCACGAACUUCAGUCUGGAGGGCAAAGACCGGUUUGAAGGGGACUGGCAUCUCGGUGAGGGAGUUCCUCACAAAGUCAAGACAAGCCGUUUUUAGCAAAGCCCGUCUGCAUUUUGGUAUUCGGUCAUGCUGGACACAAGAUGGAAUCAUAUUUGUCAAGUCUUCCGAUGGCAAGCGGCACAAGGUGGUGCUGAGAGAAGAGUUGGACUCCCUGAUUGCAAAAUAUCCGAAGGCACUCUUAACGACAGCGGCUUUGAGUGGGCGCUCUGGAAAUAAGAAUAAUAAGUAAUGGCUUCAUUUUAUAUUGUAAUGAUGAUCUCACCUUUAUUCACGUAUCGAUUUUUUUUUUUUAGAUU